AUGAUUGUGGAAUCUUUAGUGACUGAUGAUAAAAUGGUCACAUAUAUAAAGGAGUCAAUACAAUCAUUUUCAGAAGCUAUUAUUAGGGAGGUGGAGAUGGUUCAAACUCUUCCUCUAUUAGGAAAACCUUUCUUUGAAGUGAUAAUCGGUCGAGAUGUUCCGAAGGAAAUGAAUAGAUUUUUACCCAAGGACAAUGUUCGAGCCUUUUUGGAGCAUGGUGGGAAGAGGUGGAAGAUAGUUUAUUAUGGAAGUGACAAGAUUAAAACAAGGUUUAAUGGAAAUUGGAAGACAUUUGCUAUCGACAACAAUCUAAACUUGAAAGAUGUGCGUUUGUUCGAGCUGAUGGAUGAGAGUAGAAGUCGUUGCAUCAUCUUUCGAGUAGAAAUUCGGAAAGGAGCUCUUCCAAUGAUUUUGAAGCAGGAAAAUGAAGAUAAAAAUUUUGAUAACAAUGUUAUUAUUAUCGAUUAG